AUGGCGGGCCCCUUCACCACAGCGGGGCGGCCAUGCCUCCACCACCAUCUCCGAAUCGCAUUUAGGCCAACCUUGGUCCCUCCCGAAGUCAUUCCUCAUGCUUCCUUGCUCUACCGAACCCGAUCCUCUCAGGUCCGGACCUUGCAGAAGCGCUCUUUCAGCAGUUCAAGGUGGGUAAGACAGCAGAAGCAGAGGGAUGACGAAGGGAGCUUCAGCUCUCGCUUAGGCAAAGCCUGGAGAAAUACCAGAGUACAAUGGAAGCCCAUUCCUGUCGCAAUGGGAAUUGCAUUUCUUGGAGUGUACCAGCUCUGGCGCAUACAAAGACGGGAAGCCCACACGCAGCCCCCGUCGUCGGGACCUGGAUCGUCUGACCGUCCCCCAAAGCGACAACGUAUUUACCCUUCCGGAGGAGGAUGGCAGGUUCAGGUUAUGUCCACCUUGCCUUUGAAGGCCAUAUCACGACUCUGGGGGCGUUUCAACGAGAUCGACAUCCCUUACUAUCUCCGCGUACCUGGCUUCAAAUUGUACGGCUGGAUCUUUGGCGUUAAUUUCGAUGAAGUCUCGGAGCCGGAUCUGCACGCCUAUCCGAACCUGGCCGCGUUCUUCUAUCGCACGCUCAAACCCGGAGUGAGGCCCCUGGACCCGAACCCCAACGCAGUACUCUCCCCGGCCGAUGCUCGUGUGCUCCAAUUUGGUGCUAUCGACAACGGUGAAGUUGAGCAAGUAAAAGGAAUGACCUACAGCCUCGACGCAUUACUAGGACAGACAGCGCCCUCUAGACCUCCCACUCCCCACCCAACCAACGGCGACCCUAUGCAGCAAGUAAAAGCAAACGGUGACCAUAUCUACAUCCACCCGCAAUCGUCCCCACCGGACCACCCCGAUUCCCGCGCUAUUCGCGACGAUGAAGAAUUUGCCAACGUGAACGGCAUCUCUUACACGCUACCAAACCUCUUCACAGGUGCCUCUUCCCAACAACAACAACCCCACCGUCCCACUGACGCCUCCACGCGACCCUCGUCCAAGUCCGAAGCCGAAGUCACCGCCGAUCUCGCCACGACCUCAGCUCCAUGGUGGCUCCCCUUCGGGUCCGCCGACACCACAACUCCACAUCGCCUCUACUACAUCGUCGUCUACCUCGCCCCAGGCGAUUACCACCGCUUCCACAGCCCCGUCAGCUGGGUCUGCACCUCGCGCCGCCACUUCGCCGGCGAGCUGUACAGCGUAUCCCCCUACGUGCAGCGCACGCUGCCGGGGCUCUUCACGCUCAACGAGCGCGUCGCCCUCCUGGGCCGCUGGAAGUACGGGUUCUUCAGCUACACGCCCGUGGGCGCCACCAACGUGGGGUCCAUCGUCAUCAACUUCGACAAGGAGCUGCGCACCAACAGCCUCACGACCGACACCGAGGCCGACCGACAGGCCGCCGAGGCCGGCGCCCGCGGUGAGCCGUACUCGGGCUUCAGCGAGGCCACGUACGAGGGCGCCAGCGCGGUGUUGGGCGGGCACGCGCUGAGGCGUGGCGAGGAGAUGGGUGGCUUUCAGUUGGGCAGCUCCAUCGUCCUGGUCUUCGAGGCGCCGUCGGACGGGUCUUGGAAGUGGGCGGUCGAGAGGGGCCAGAAGGUGAAGGUGGGCCAGGCUUUGGGCGUUGUAGAGGAAGAAACACAACAGCAGCCAAAAGAAUAG